GCUGCCGGCGCUGCCGGUGCCGGUGCCGGUCCGGUCCGGCGGGCCCGGGGCCGCGUGCGGGCGGGGCGGGGGCGGCGCUGCCGGCCCGGCCCGGGGCGGGGGGCCGGACGGGACGGUGACGGUCCCCGGCGCGGCGGGCCCGGCGCGGCCGCUGGCGGAGCAUGAGGGAGCCAUGAGCCCGCUGCGGGGGUGGCUGCUGGCCGCGCUGCUCUCGCUCGCCCCGCGGGCAGGUCCUGCCUCGCAGGCCGGAGCGCUGCCGCGGAGGCUCCCGCGGGCCGCAUGGCAGGAAGGGCGGGUGCUCUCCCAAAUCACCCACCCCAGCAGGCUGGUGGGGCAGAGCUCGGGAGGAGAAGUCCCAAAGCAUCACUUGGACACCAGGGUCAGGCAUGAGCCCGGAGGAGGAGGAGGAGGAGGACCCGGGCUGCACCUGGCACAGGUGAGCUUCAUGGUGCGUGCCUUCGGCUCAGCCUUCACCCUCGAUCUCCGGCUGAACCACCACCUCCUCGCCUCCCACUACGUGGAGCGGCACGUCGGCGCGGGCAGCAACGGCAGCCACAGCACGGGCGCAGGGGAGCACUGCUACUACCAGGGCCGGAUCCGGGGGCAGCCCCGCUCCUUCGCCGCUCUCUCCAGCUGCCACGGCCUGCGCGGGGUCUUCUCGGACGGCCGAGCCACGUACCUGAUCGAGCCGCAGGCGGGCGCCGAGCGCGGGCAGGGUCUUCGACCGCACAUCGUGCAGCGCAUCCCCAGCUGCCCCCGACUGGGCUGCCUCUUCCCUGCGCUGAGCCAGCGUGUCCCGGGUGGGAUUCCAAAGCUGCGGCGGCGGCGGCAGGUCCGCCGAGCCCAGCACACGGUGCACAGCGAGACCAAGUACAUUGAGCUGGCCGUGGUGAACGACCAUAAGCUGUUCCUGCAGCUCCGCAACUCCGUAGUUCUCACCAGCAACUUCGCCAAGUCCGUGGUCAACCUGGCUGACAUGAUCUACAAGGAGCAGCUCAACACCCGCAUCGUGCUGGUGGCCAUGGAGACGUGGGCGGCCGAGGACCGGAUCCGGAUGGGACGAGACUCCCUGGAGAUCCUGAACGAGUUUGUGAAGUACCGGCCGGAGGGGCUGGCAGAGCACAGCGACACCGUCCACCUCUUCUCGGGUCACAUGUUUCACGGCAGCCGCAGCGGCACCGCCUUUGUCGGGGGCAUCUGCUCCGCUGCCCGCGCCAGCGGCGUCAACGAGUACGGCAACGUGGCUGCCAUGGCGGUGACACUGGCACAGACCCUGGGGCAGAACGUGGGCAUGAUGUGGAACAAGCACCACACGGCCGCAGGGGAUUGUCGCUGCCCGGACCCGUGGCUGGGCUGUAUCAUGGAGGACACAGGGUAUUACCUCCCGCGGAAGUUCUCCCGCUGCAGCAUCGAUGAGUACAACCAGUUCCUGCAGGACGGCGGCGGCAGCUGCCUCUUCAACAAACCCCUGAAGCUCCUGGAUCCCCCCGAGUGCGGCAAUGGCUUCGUGGAGGCAGGCGAGGAGUGCGACUGCGGCUCGCUGGCGGAGUGUGCGAGGAGCGGGGGAAACUGCUGCAAGAAAUGCACCCUGACCCACGACGCCAUGUGCAGCAAUGGGCUCUGCUGCAAGGGCUGCAAGUACGAGCCACGUGGAGUGUCCUGCCGGGAGGCUGUGAACGAGUGUGACAUCCCUGAGACCUGCACCGGGGACUCCAGCCAGUGUCCCCCCAACCUCCACAAGCUGGAUGGAUACUUCUGUGAGAACGAGCAGGGCCGAUGCUACGGCGGGCGCUGCAAGACCCGGGACCGUCAGUGCAACGCGCUGUGGGGCCGCAGCUCGGCCGAGCGCUUCUGCUACGAGAAGCUGAACGUGGAGGGGACCGAGCGGGGCAACUGCGGCCGCGAGGGGCUGGGCUGGCUGCAGUGCAACAAGCAGGACGUCCUCUGCGGCUUCCUCCUGUGCGCCAACAUCUCGGGCUCGCCGCGGCUGGGGGAGCUCAGCGGGGAGAUCGCCACCACCACCUUCUACCACCAGAACCGCUACGUGGACUGCAGGGGCGGCCACGUGCAGCUGGUGGACGGCUCGGACCUGAGCUACGUGGAGGACGGGACGCCCUGCGGGCCCGGAAUGCUCUGUCUCGACCGCAAAUGCCUUCCAGCCACCGCCUUUAACUUCAGCUCCUGCCCCGGCAGCUGGGACGGGAAGAUUUGCUUCGAUCACGGGGUUUGCAGCAACGAGGGGAAGUGCAUCUGCCGGGCCGAGUGGACGGGCAAGGACUGCAGCGUCUACGACCCCAUCCCGGAGCCGAAGCCCACGGGCGAGACGGAGCGAUACAAGGGAACAUCCGCCGAGGAAGGUACGACCCGGCGCAGCAGGGAGUGUAACCGUGUCCCCCCCAUCGUCCCGUCACCGUCCCUGUCACCGUCACCGUCACCGUCCGGCAGCCUGACGGCGUGGGAGCCUGUCUGUCCGUGUGCUGUGUGUCCGGCCGUGCUGUCUCCAUCUCUGUGCCCCCUCGGCUGAAGGGGAGCAGCGCCCGGGGGGGUCUGACAGCAUCCCCCCCUUGGUGCUGGCUCAUUUCAGCUCAGUGUCCCCCCGUGUGUCCCCCCCGUGUCACAGCCCCCCAUUAACGCUCCCCACUUCUGUGUUGCAGGUCCGGGGGGGCCUGAGCGGGGCCGCUCUGCCCCACCCCCCCAGCGCCUCAUUAACACCAAUUAACUGGGGCGGCGCUGCCGAGGCUCCGGCCGAGGAGGAGAGCGGGGGGGGGACACCCGGGAGCGCCCCCCGGCCCCCCCAGCACGGCCACGAAUGUACGGGGACCCCCCGGCCCCCCCGGCAGGCGGCACGGGAGCCAUGAAUGUACCCGCGGGGCCAGGGGACCCCCGCCCUCAUCCCCACAUCCCCACAUCCCCCUGCCCUCCAGCAGCAUCUUCCAGCCAGGCCCUGGCACCCCAAAAGGCAGGGCAGUGUCCCCAGGAUGAGGCCACUGUCCCCAAUAUCAGACCAGUAACACCCAGUACCAGGCCAGCGCCCAUCCCCAGUUCAGGGCCUGGAGUUGUGCCCACCCUGCCCAUGGGGGCCAAGUCCUGCACCCCAGAUGUGCCUCCCCGCCCCCCAAAGCAGCUCAGCACCCCCCAUGUGGGGUUUGUCCCCUCAAAUUCUCCCCCCACCCCCCAAGCCACGGGACCCUGAAUCCCCAGGGGUGGGAUGAGCACCCAGGGGUGCCCCCCAAGGCUUCCCCCACUUGCCCAGCUCAGCUCAGUGAACCCCACACUGGUGGCACUGGGGCUGGGGGGACAGAAGGGCCCCCCGGGCUGGGGACACAGGGCAGCUUGCUGGGUGGCACUUGUCACCCCAGCCCCAGGGCAGGUCGGGGGGAGGCAUCACCCCCCCCCCAUGGCACGUGGCACAUGUCACCCUGCAUGGGGUGGCUCUGCAGGGCCACCCAAAGCACAGCACCACGGAGCACUGGGGGCCACACUGCUCCCUGUAAGCACUGGUGACACUCAGCAUGGAGGGGACAUCCCUGGUGACACCACCCAGUGUGUGUGGGGACACUCCUGGGGACACCCAGCGCGGGGCAAUGGGGGAUGGUACCCACUGUCCACGGCAGUGUGGGGUGUCCCCUCUGUGUCCCCUCAUUGCCCAGUGUCCCUGCCCCCCUCCAGUCCCUUUGCCAUGGAGACAGAGAGUGACCAAGGGUGUCCCCAAGCCCAGCCAUGGCCAUGUGGUGGCACCCAGCCUGGUGUGACACCCCACUGGACACCCACGGGUGCUGUGGCUGUGGUGGCACCCCAGGGGACAGGCUGGGAGGUGACAGCAGGACGGGGGUGGCUGGACAUCCCCUGGCUGGGAUCCGGUGGUGCCUUCUCGUCUGGGCUGGGACACCUGGGGACCUGGGACCACCGUGGGCAUCAGGGCUCUGGGAUCAGCCCCCAUCUCUGUCGCUGUCACCAGGGUGUCCCCACAGCUGCCACAGGCACAGUGCCGGGGUGCUCCCUGCAGCGAGGGGACACCCCCGGUUCAGAGCAAGAAGCCACCGUUGUCACUGGGUUUGGGGACAUUCAUAUAUAUAUAUAUAUAUAAAUAUAAAUACUGGGAUUUUUCUUAAUGAUUUUAACGCUGUCAGGGCGGCGGGGGGAGGGCAGGGGGGCACCC